AUGUCCGUCCCAAGGGCGCCAUACGACCCCCGGGGCGUGUUCCGCAUCAACUUGCCCCAUUUUGAGAUUGGCCCGCGUGCGCGUGCGGUCGGGACGUACAUCUCCGGCACACUGUUUACCCUCUCGUUCUUCCUCAUGAUCGAUGCGGCCACCGUGUCCAAGUACUCCCGCCCACCGCCCGAUGCGCCGUACGAUACUGUACCUGUGCACGUCGCGUUUGUGGACUGGAUUCCGGCCAUCUGCUCCACUUUGGGCUUCCUCGUCACCUCGCUCCUGGACAAGUCGCACCUGCACGCGGCGCUCUCGGGGGAUUCAUGGGGCACCGACGGGCCCGCGGCAUGGCGCGCGCGUGUGGUCCUCUUCAUUGGCGUGGCGCUCAUGGCCGGCGGUCUGGCCGGCAGCCUGACGGUCCUCAUCCUCAAGUACAUUGUCAACGGGUACACCGAGUACAUCUACUAUGGCGCGGCGAAUGUGGGCAUGAAUGCCGGAAUCAUGCUUUCCGGGAUCAUCCUCUGGGUGUCGCAGAGCGGCAGCGACGAGUACGAGUACCAGCUCACCGUCUAA